AUGCCGCGCAAGAGGCGCAAGAUGGCUGAGCUCGUAGCCUUUGCCGCCGACGUUCCCCUUGCGGUCGUCGAGCAGCUUCUCGCUGAGGAGCCUGGCGCCGACAACGACGCAGAGAGUGUGGAGAUUGAGGAGGCUGAGGACGAUGUAGUCGCCGGGCUUCCUGCUGUUGGUGCCAGUGGAGACACACCAAUCCUGGUUGCCGACGACGACGAUGGUUCCGCCUCUGCUUCUGAGGACGGUUUCGAGGAUGGCGGCGACGAUGAGCCGGAGUCGGAGUCAAGCCGCUACUGCGUUCGAGACUGUCGUCGCGAGACUGGUGGGAUGAGGGAGAGUGGUUUUGCGAUGAUUGUGCUGGGGAGUGAGAAGGGGUGUUAA